CAUUCAAUUUUUUCAAUGGACUAAUUCUCUCUCUCUUUCUCUCUCUCCGUUCCAAUAUUUUCGAAAGAAACCUCGACUUCUACUUCCCGGUUCAUGGCAGCUCGAAACGUUUCGAAAGCCCCGACGCCACCGCCAGAACCGAACGAGAACCACUUCGAAACGCCGCCACCGCCGAAUCUCCUCCUCCACUGCCCGUUACCUCGUCGGUCGCCUCUCAACACCAUCGCCGAUCCCUCUCAGACUCCAUUCGGUUCCUUCGAUUCCAAGCGUCGCUUCUCCUUCUCCGAUCGCCACCCGGCCACUCCUUCCAAAUAUGCCUCCAGAGCUUCCCUCGCCGGUCCCAUUUCCGCCUCCGGAAUCAGGGCUUCGCAGAGAGUUCCUAGGCCAAUUUCCGUUGCCGCCGGCUCUGAAUCCGAAACGACGCCGCAUUUCGAGCUCCAACAGGACGAGUCUUUUUGGGCCGACCACAAUGUGCAGGUUCUGAUUAGAGUUCGGCCUCUGAGUAGGAUGGAGAGAGUUUCUGGUGGUUUAGGUCGGUGUUUGAGGCAGGAAAGUGGUCAAACUCUGGUGUGGCUUGGUCAUCCCGAGACCAGAUUCACCUUUGAUCAUGUUGCAUGCGACACUAUAUCACAGGAAAGCCUGUUCCGGGUUGCAGGGCUGCCCAUGGUGGAGAAUUGCUUGUCUGGUUAUAAUAGUUGUAUGUUUGCUUAUGGUCAGACAGGCAGCGGAAAAACGUAUACCAUGAUGGGGGAGAUAAAUGAGAUUGAAGGAAAGCUCAAUGAAGAUUGUGGGCUAACUCCGCGCAUUUUUGAACAUUUGUUUAAAAGGAUUAUGGCGGAGGAAGAAAGCAGAAGAGAUGAACAGCUGAAGUAUAGCUGUAAAUGUUCCUUUCUAGAGAUAUACAACGAGCAGAUAACGGAUCUCUUGGAGCCUUCAUCAACUAAUUUGCAACUCCGAGAAGACUUGAAGAAAGGUGUACAUGUUGAAAACCUUACAGAGUAUAAUGUCAGGAACGUUAAUGAUGUUGUAAAGCUUUUGUUGCAGGGUGCUGCAAACAGGAAAGUGGCAGCAACAUAUAUGAACAGUGAAAGCAGCCGAUCCCACAGUGUUUUCACUUGUACCAUUGAAAGCCGUUGGGGGAAGGAUUCCAUGACCCAUUUUAGAUUUGCAAGGUUGAAUUUAGUAGAUCUAGCUGGUUCUGAGAGGCAGAAAAGCUCUGGUGCUGAAGGAGAUCGUUUAAAAGAAGCAGCCAAUAUAAAUAAAUCUUUAUCGACCCUUGGCUUAGUGAUAAUGUCUUUGGUGGAUUUAGCACAUGGCAAACAUAGACAUGUUCCUUACCGAGAUUCCAGACUUACAUUUCUUCUUCAGGACUCUCUUGGUGGGAACUCAAAAACAACCAUUAUUGCAAAUAUCAGCCCGUCUAUUUGUUCUGCUAACGAAACACUCAGCACUCUGAAGUUUGCCCAGCGUGCCAAACUUAUUCAGAACAAUGCUAAAGUGAAUGAAGACACAUCAGGUGAGAUAAAUGCCCUNCAGCAGGAAAUCCAACAGUUGAAGGGCCAGUUGUCCUUUCUAAUGAAGCGCAACUAUGUUUCGAGGUCUUCAACAAGUUGCAUGCCAAAUUUUGAAGAAUCUAGAUUCAGUGAAAUGUCUGAUGAAUACAGUUCUCUAGGAGAUACAAUAAAAACUGAUAGUAAUGGGAUUCAGUAUGUUCAAGAUAAGCAGAUAAAACGUAUGGAAGCUAAUUUAGUAGGUGCUUUAAGGAGAGAAAAAAUCACAGAGACUGCACUACAAAAGUUAGAGGCUCAGCUUGAACACGUGAAGUGCUUGGCAUGCCAGAGAGAAGACGAUGCCCAACAUACUAAAAUGAUGCUAAGGUUCCGCAAUGAAGAAAUUAAACGGCUUGAAUUAUUGACAGAUGGAAUGCUGUCUGUUGACAAUUAUCUUGUGCAAGAAAACAAGGCUUUGCUUGAAGAGAUUCAGGCGCUUCGAAAAAGAAAGGAUGAAAAUCCAGAAUUAACCCAAUAUGCUGUAGAGAAUAAUCGACUUCGAGAGCAACUACAAGUGUUCCAAAGCUUUUACGAACAUGGAGAGCGUGAAACACUAUUAGCUGAAGUAUCAGAAUUACGCAACCAGCUUCUGGAUGUGCUAGAAGGAAGGAAUCAAUUCUUCACAAACAAUGAAAACCAGGAGUAUGGUUCAACGAAGGAAUUAGAAGAUUGCAGGAUUAUGAAUUCCAAAUUGAUUAGAGAAGUAGAAGAACUACGAAUGCAACUGAAAAAGAAUAUGAAUUGUGGUGAAACUGUCUCGGACUCUGUUAAGAGCAUGUCUGUGCAAAGUGACUCUGGAGAUGAGACAUCAUCUUCUAUCCGAAGGAAUGACGACCCUUUGCAAAAUCACAUGGAUAAGAAUGCGGAUGAUGUUCCAAUUAUGCCUUCUAAUGUUACUGAAAAAGAGUUGACAGAUGCUAGGUUGUUGAUUGAGGAGAUGAAGCGUGAUCAACAAAGUUUAAUCAUUGAGCAACCAAAUACACAGGACAAGUUAGAGGGACUCCCUGUGCUAAGACUUGGAAAUAGAUUUUCAGAAUUUGGUGAUUUGGAUAGGCAAAACAAUGGCCUGGUCGCGGAAAGCAACAAAGAAAUUGACAGGAUGGUCUUGCAAGCCAAGUUGGAUAGGAUGGCCAAGAACCUUCAGGAGGUUAGGCUACUAAAUAUCCAGUUUCAAGAGGAGCAGGCGUUGCAGUUAUCUUGCCAACAAAAAGCUGAAUUAAUUCGUGAACAGGUUGAGAUGGAGACGGCUAGAACAAUUCUUCAACUACAGGAAGAGGUUGCUGCACUUCAGUGCAAACUUGAUGAGAAAUUUUGUUAUAUGACUGAGGAAAAUAUUGAACAAAGAAAGAAAAUUGCAACUAAAGAGGAGGAAAUAAAGGCAAUAAAUAUGGAGUGGGAAAGAGCAACCUUAGAGCUUACUGGAUUUCUUGUAGAGGGUUCUAGAUCCCUCAAAAACGUCUCCAGCCAAAUAGAAAGUAUUGCUUGUUCAUUUCCCCAAGCUAAUCUUUGGAUCAGUGAACAUGUUGAGAGAGCUGCCAAAAUAUAUAUUGAGAAGGAAGAAACAAUUUUGCAACUAAAGAGGAGCUUGGAGGAUGCUCAGAACAUGGUUGUAGACAUGGGGCAGAAGCUAAGUUCCUUGAAGGGAGUAAUGCUGGCUUUAACUGAACUCCAACAUCAAGAUAAUGAUGAAAUCUCCAAAGAGCACGUGAGCAUGUUGUUGAACGAUAAGAUCGACAUGGUAAAGGUGGUCGAGAAAAAACUCAAGUUGAAGGAGGCUGAGGUUAUUGAAGCAGAAAAAUGUGCUAGCGUUGCUUUUGUUUUGAUAAAUUGGCUCUUGGACAGUCAAAAGGUUGCACAUAAAAAUGGAACAAAGAGUAGUAUCCCUAUCUCUACUCCUGUCAAGAUGGCCAGCCAUAAAAUCUCAGAGGCAAAGACUGAUGCAGAUGCUUUGGCACUGGAAGAUGCUAUGACCACCAGAGUUGAGCUGGCGAGAUUAGGAGUACUUGAAUCAGAAAGUGCUAUUAAUGCAUUUUAUGCAGACACAGCACUGCAUAUGGUAGCUCUUCAAACAAAUGUUCAGGAAGUUUCCUAUGAAUACAAGGAACUGGUCCAAAAUUUGGUGAAAGAAGUUCGUGAAAUGAGAGAGAAAUACAUGGAGCUAAGAGCAGGGUACAAGAAUUCUGACCAUUGUGCAGUUGAUACACCAUCAAUGCAAGUAUACAAUAAUCAAAAGUUUGAAGACCAGUUCCACAUGCUGCAUCAAAUAAAAGACGAACUUGCCAAACUGAAUUGCACGCUGAAAGUAAUCGAAAAUUUCGUCCAUGCUGAAGUAAAUUUGUUUGAGUACUCUUCGACUGAUGGAGGUUUACAUGCAGAAGCAUGGAGUCCUGAUUCUUCUUCAUCCAGCUCUGAUUUUUCAACUAAAAGUGAUGCUUCGGGGAACAAGUUGGAUGCUUCCUCGUCUAUUUGCUGGUCUAAUUCACCUGAGAAGAUAUCUGAGCAGAUGGUGGACCUCAAAUUUGAGGGCUCAACACAUCGGACGAUCCACCAACACUCAGAAAAUCCAAAUAAGCCUUUGAAAGAUUUUUGCAACAGCGAAGCAGCAAUAAAACUUCUGAAAAAGGAGCUCGGGAUUCUAUUUAAUGAUUUCAACACGCUAUAUGUUCAGCUAGCAGUACUUGCCAAUGAAUUGAACUUGGGACAUUAUCCUGACCCAGAAGACUUGAAACGUUCGAUUCCAUCUUCAGAAUUGGCAUUGGAAGCUAAUGCAGGUUCUCAUACUAAUGAGAAGGUUGUGGAUGAUGAAAACAUUGAUCAUGUUGGAACCUUUCUAACCAAAUUUGAGGAAGCCAAUGCCACAAUAAAAGAAGCAGAUUUUAUGUUGAAUGCUUUGGUGAAAGCAAAUGAGAAUGCAAGACAAUUGACUGGUAUGUGGAAACACACUGGUGAGGAGUUGAUGAUAGAGAGAGCAAACUUUAUUGAAGAAGUUGAACACUUAAAGUCUUCAAUUAGCGUGAAAGAAACUGAAAAUCAAUUACUUCAAGAUCAAGCCCAUUGUAGUUUGGUAGAGAUUGCAAACUCAAUUUCUUCUCUUGAAGGGUGUUAUACGCAAUUGAAAAGUGACGAGGAAACGUUGAAAGCCAUAUACUCUGAUGUACUUUCUAUGGGAAUGGAAAUGCUGCAGUUCGUAAGCAAUUCGAGAUCAUGUCUAGAAGAUAUGUGCUCUAAGAUUUUGGAGAACGACAUUGUCUUUUUUGUGUUGCACCAAUGUUAUCUAGGAGAGCUUAUAGAAAAGAUUCCAAGCCUACAUGCAGAAACUGGUUUCCCCCUAUUGAGUCACGUCAAUAAGCUGCAACAUAUUUGGUCAAAUGACGGAAAUAAGAUUGCGAGUACUAGUGGUAAGUCUGUAGAUGAAGGGGUUCAAAAUGAAGUAGCUCACAUUGUGGAAGUGGUUGAUACGAGCUUAUCCAAUGAUGAUUUGUUAUAUGAGAAUUUAGCACUUAAGAAAGAAUUGAAACGGAAAGAAAUUCUUCUAGAGGGUUUGCUUUUUGAUUUCAGUUUGUUGCAAGAAUCAACAUCAAACACAAAGGACAUCAAGGAUGAAACUGAUAAACUUGUGCGUUCUUUCGGCCAAGUUCGGCAUGAGCUAGAACUGAAAACAAGACAGCUUGAUGCAAUUCUGGUCCAACAUAAAAAACUAGAGUGUCGUCUGACUGAUACCGAAGAGGCUCUUUUCAUAUCAAAUUCCAAUCUUGCGCAUGCGAAUGAAACAAUCGAAACUUUUUCGGAGCAAAACUCUGAGCUGAAAAUGCUUCUUAAAGAUCUCUAUCUCAAUAAAUCUGAAGUUGAAGAACAACUAGAAGAACAGAAAGAGGUAGUCAAAAGUUUAGAAGAAGAAAUUCUUCAGUUGAGCUCUUCAAUAGAAAAACAAUUCCUCUCUUUGUUUGAAGAUGUUGAAGAUAAUUUGACAAAGGUGACCAGUGAGAGAGACCAACUCAAAGAAGAAGUUCAAUCCUUGAAUGAUAAACUCGAGAUGGCGUAUGCAUUAGUUGAUGAAAAAGAAGCUAUUACUGUUGAAGCUCGCCAGGAAUCUGAAGCAAGUAAGAUAUAUGCGGAACAAAAGGAAGAGGAGGUCAAAAUUUUAGAAAGUUCUAUUGAGGAGCUUGAGUCUACAAUAAAUGUCCUUGAAAAGAAGGUGUAUGAGAUGGAUGAUGAGGUAGAAAGACAUAGAUUGAUCAGAGAUUCGUUAGAACUGGAACUCAAAGCUUUGAGGCAGAGAUUGUCGACAGUUGAAAACUUAACAGAAAAUGUGGACUCAGAGAGCACAGAUGUUGAGCAAAGUCAAAAUCAUAUAUCUAGGCAACUACAUAAUAAAGAACUAGAACUUCAUCAGGCCCAUACUCAAAUAAAGCUUCUUGAAGAGGAAAGAGCAGUACAAGAUAGAGAGAUCCAACAAUACAAGGAUUACGUCACCGAACUCAUGGUGCAUGCAGAAGCCCAAGCAUCUCAGUACCAACAAAAGUAUAAGACAUUGGAGGCCAUGGUACAUGAAGUAAAAAUAGAGUCGGAGAAUGCAACAAAUUCAACAUCUGCAGUUCCAACAUCGCAUAACACAGAGAAAAGCUCAGUAAGGGCAAGAGGCUCCAGCUCACCGUUUAGAUGUAUUUCAAGUGUUCAGCAGAUGAAUUCAGAGAAGGAUCAGGAAUUGUCAGCAGCCAGGCUUCGCGUUGAGGAGCUAGAGGCACUUGCUGCUAGUCGCCAGAAAGAGAUAUGUACGCUUAAUACCAGACUUGCUGCAGCAGAAAGCAUGACACAUGAUGUGAUUCGUGACUUGCUUGGCGUGAAAUUGGACAUGAAUAACUUUGCAAACUUGGUCGACCAGUAUCAGGUUAAGAAGUUAGUGGAGGAUGCCCAGCAACAAACUGAAGACUUGCUAGAAAAGGAGCAAGAAAUUUCCAACUUAUGGAAGCAGAUUAAUGAUCUAAAUGAGGAACGAGAAAGUUUCGUACUGGAAAUAAAUAAGAGGGAAGGGGAUCUAUUUGCUGCCCAGAUUAGUGUUGAACAACUCGAAGAACGGGAUCGCAUGCUUUCUGCACAGAAUGAGAUGCUGAAGAUGGACAAGACCAAUCUAAACAAAAAGGUAGCAGAACUGGAUGACAUGGUGAAGAAACUUCUUGGAACAAAAUCUACACAAGGGCGAACUCAUGUAACACCAAUAAGCAAGCAGAUCCAACAGUUGAAAUUGGGUGACAAUGAUUUUGCCAAGAGGCUUGAACAGUCUGAAAUGCUUCUUUCUCGCGCAAAUGGUGCACUUGCUCAGUACUAUAAAUCUUCGCGAGACAAAACUAUUGGACAUGGCUUGGGAGCAAGUUACAGGAAAAACAAGUCUCACGUUGGUUAA